AUGAGGUGGUACAUUGUGCUUGGCCUUGCGCAUAUGGCGACGUGCUCGCCUGUGCCUGUUUUGUUGAAGGAACGAUUGGAAAUCUUCUCGGACGCUGCCAAUGGAGUGGUGACUGUCCUCCAGUCCCGGUCGAGCGAGCUCUCCAGUGUUAUCUCCGAGAGGAGUCAAGAUGGAUCUGCGCAAACACCAAUAGAAGUCGCUUCACCGCAGUUGCGACCGCUCACAAAACACCGGCCUGCCGCGGAAACAUGGGAGGACGAAAUGGAUGCGCCUGUCGUGACACUGGGCGAUGAGGACUUGCUGGAGGUUACCGAGACCGACGUCGAUAUCACCACCUUUGCGUCGUUCGCCCGACCAGGAAUGCCGUGUCGUCAUGGGAGGCUACUACGCGAAAACAACGAUAUGCUCAUCAUCUAUCUUGCAACCUCUUUCCUUCUUGUGGUGGUAAUGGUGGAGACUUGGGGUAGCUAUGUGAGGAGACAAGAGCAAGGCACGAUCAGGUUAAAAGAGAGCCCAAUUCGAGAGGUGUGCUCAAUCCAGUCAGAAGCUGCUCCGGAUGUCCCCAAGGAUGUGUCGGAUGAGAAGAAAGCCUUGCUGUGA